AUGUCUACACAGCUGCACGCAGUCACCUCCAUCGACCUACCCAACCUCGAGAAGAUCGCGACCGGCAAGGUUCGCGAGCUGUACAAGCUCGAUGAGGGUACGCUCCUCAUGGCGGUCACGGACCGCAUCUCAGCCUACGACGUCGUUUUAGAGACCGGCAUCCCGGAAAAGGGCGCUGUCCUCUGCCAGAUUUCCGCGCACUGGUUCAACGUGCUCGCCAAGGCCGUCCCCGAGCUCAAGCACCACGUGCUUUCUCUCCAGCCUCCCAGCCAGGGGUUGUCGACCAUUGAGUUUGAGGCGCUCAAGGGUCGCUGCCUGCAGAUCCGCAAGCUCAAGGUCUUCCCCAUUGAGGCCAUUGUCCGGGGCUACCUCACUGGCAGCGCGUGGAAGGAGUACCAGACUUCCGGCACCGUGCACGGCGACAAGCAGGCCGAGGGUCUCCGUUUGUCGUCAGCCUUCCCCGAGCCCAUCUUCACGCCGUCCACCAAGGCUGAGCAGGGCGACUCGGACGAGAAUAUUUCUCGCGCGCGGGCGGCGGAGAUCAUCGGGGCCAAGUACGCCGAAAAGAUUGAGACGCUUGCACUCAGGCUCUACACGGUGGCGCGGGACUAUGCCGCGGAGCGUGGGAUCAUUCUUGCUGAUACCAAGUUUGAGUUUGGCCUGGACGAGGCGACGGACGAGGUCAUUCUCGUGGACGAGGUGCUGACGCCCGAUUCCAGUCGCUUCUGGCCGGCGCCCGUCAAGGUCGGCGUUGACCAGCCGAGCUUUGACAAGCAGUUUGUGCGCGACUACCUGACGGAGAAGGGACUCAAGGGCAAGACGGGGGUGGAACUGCCGGCGACGGUCGUGGAGGAGACGCGUGCCAAGUACAAGGAGGUAUUUGAGAAGCUUACGGGCAAGUCGCUAGAGAAUACACUGGCAGCUCUGUAG